AUGAAACAAAGAGGACGGGAUUCAUGGCGACCACGAUCACCACUGCUCGCAGGCUUGGUUUUGAUUUUAUUUUUCAGAGGAGGCUCGGCACAACUGAAAUACUCUAUAUCCGAAGAACUCAAAGAGGGGAGUUUUGUUGGGAAUAUAGCUAAAGAUUUGGGAAUAGACCUGAAUGUAAUGAAGCAGAGGGGAUUUCGUAUUAUGGCUGGCUCGGGUGAACCUCUUUUUAAGGUAAAUGAGAAUGACGGUGUCCUUUAUGCGAACCAUAAGAUAGAUCGAGAAGAAGUAUGUACGGAGAGCACUGUGUGUUUAAUUAACCUUAAGACUGUGCUCGAAAACCCCCUAGAAGUACAUUAUGUCACCGUGGAGAUAACAGAUUUAAACGACCACUCUCCCACAUUUCCAGAGAAAACUAAAAGGCUCGAAAUCUCUGAGUCUGCGCUGCCAGGGGCACGAUACCAGCUGCAAAAUGCCCACGAUCCGGAUGGUAGCACGAACUCUGUCCAACAGUAUAAAAUCAGCCAGAAUGACCAUUUUCGUUUAGAGAUUAAAGAUCGAGGAAGAGAUGGUAAGACUCCAAUUUUGCAAUUACAGAGGCAGCUAGACAGAGAGGCUAAAAGUAGCCAUACACUGGUGUUGACUGCUAUAGAUGGCGGAACCCCCCCCAAAACAGGCACAGUUGAAAUAUACAUAGAUGUUCUAGAUGUCAAUGACAACAUGCCAGUCUUCACCAAGGACACAUAUUCGGCAGUGCUACAAGAGAACGCCCCAGCUGGCACAACAGUCAUCCAAGUUAACGCAACCGAUUUGGACGACGGCAGCAAUGGAGAAGUGGUUUAUUCAUUUGGCAGUGAUGUAAAGGGGAAAAUUCGCGAGCUGUUUGAUAUCGACUCUGUUACUGGGGAGAUCGUUGUGAAAGGUCGUGUAGACUUCGAGGAACAAGACAGCUAUGAUAUUGAUGUGCAGGCCUCUGAUAAGGGAAUCAUUCCAUUCAGAACAGAUAAAAGUGUCAUCAUUAAAAUUGGAGAUACAAACGAUAACCCUCCUGAGAUAGAGGUGGCAUCACUGUCAAGUGCGGUUUCAGAGGACUCUAGACCAGGAACAACCGUAGCGCUUAUCAGCAUUACCGAUUUAGAUUCUGGCAUGAAUGGCAAAAUAAUCAGCUAUGUCGCCGAAGACAGCCCCUUUACAUUAACUCCAUCAAUACAAGAUAACAUGUUUGCUGUCGUCACUAAAUCACUUCUGGACAGGGAACAACAAUCAAGAUAUGAUAUUACAAUAAUCGCUAAAGACGCAGGUGAACCAGCCCUAACAUCCGAAAAGACUAUAAGCCUGUUCGUGUCAGAUGUGAAUGACAACAGUCCGGAGUUUUCAGAAUGACGGUUAUGAAAAUAAAGUGACGUCAUUUCUAAGCAUCAACUCUGAAAACG